CGCCCCACUCGCGCGCCCGCGCCCCCGCGCUCCCCGGCGCGCACCGAGGAAGCCCGGGCCCCGAUCCCCGGGCGGCCCUGACCGAAGCGGCGCGACUCAGCCAACUGCGAGUUGCCUCUGCUGACCCCAUGCAGCAAGGCUGUGAUGAGUCAAGCCUUAAAAGCCACCUUCAGUGGCUUCAAAAAGGAGCAACGCCGGCUGGGGAUCCCAAAGAAUCCAUGGCUGUGGACUGAGCAGCAGGUGUGCCAGUGGCUUCUCUGGGCCACCAAUGAGUUCAGUCUGGUGGAUGUGAACCUGCAGAGGUUUGGCAUGACAGGGCAGGUGCUGUGUAACCUUGGCAAGGAGCGCUUUCUGGAGCUGGCGCCCGACUUUGUGGGUGAUAUUCUCUGGGAGCAUCUGGAGCAGAUGAUCAAAGAAAACCAAGAAAAGAACGAAGAUCAGUAUGAAGAAAAUUCGCACCUCAACUCAGUUCCUCAUUGGAUUAAUAGCAAUUCGUUAGGUUUUGGCGUGGAGCAGGCGCCGUACGGCAUGCAGACACAGAGUUACCCUAAAGGCGGCCUCCUGGAUGGCUUGUGUCCAGCGUCCUCAGCGCCCAGCACGCUCGGGCCAGAGCAGGACUUCCAGAUGUUCCCCAAGGCCCGACUCAGCACCGUCAGCGUCAACUACUGCUCCGUGGGGCAGGACUUCCCGGCCGGCAGCCUGAACCUGCUCUCCAGCGCUUCUGGGAAACCCAGGGACCACGACUCGGCGGAGACAGGCGGCGACAGCUUCGAGAGCUCGGAGUCGCUGCUGCAGUCCUGGAACAGCCAGUCGUCUCUGCUGGACGUGCAGCGGGUACCCUCCUUCGAGAGCUUCGAGGACGACUGCAGCCAGUCCCUGGGCCUCAGCAAGCCGACCAUGUCCUUCAAGGACUACAUCCAGGACCGGAGUGACCCGGUGGAGCAGGGCAAACCAGUUAUACCCGCGGCCGUGCUGGCCGGCUUCACAGGAAGCGGGCCUAUCCAGCUGUGGCAGUUUCUUCUAGAAUUGCUCUCCGACAAGUCCUGCCAGUCAUUCAUCAGCUGGACGGGGGACGGGUGGGAGUUUAAGCUCGCUGACCCCGACGAGGUGGCCCGCCGGUGGGGAAAGAGGAAAAACAAGCCCAAGAUGAACUACGAGAAGCUCAGCCGGGGUUUGCGCUAUUACUACGACAAGAAUAUCAUCCACAAGACGUCAGGGAAGCGCUACGUGUAUCGCUUCGUGUGCGACCUGCAGAACUUGCUGGGCUUCACGCCCGAGGAACUGCACGCCAUCCUGGGCGUCCAGCCGGACACGGAGGACUGAGCCCGCCCGGGCUGGGAGCGGGGCCGUCAAAGCGACCCGUCCCAGGACCCUGAAAGGCCGGACCGGCGCAUCCGGCACGCCUACUGGAAGCAGUGGCCUUAUUCCAUCGGACACCGCAGUUCUUCGCCGAAAGCAGCACGGUUUCUCGUUUCUGAAAGCCUGCUGCCGGGAACCCGCCACUUAACGAUGCUAUUCCAUUCUAUCGGCCCAGGAAGAAGCUUGGGGCCCCCGGCCUAGCCCUGGGCGGGCUGUAUGGUGACAGGAUCGGUCAGGCUGUUGGGUCUUCUCAAAGGAGCGAGCGUGUCACGGACGCAUACUUCUUGGAUUUUUCUUUUGCCUUUUUGCAGCCAGGAAUCGCACAAGAGCUCUCUUGGGUUCUGAGGGGGAGGAGGGGGCAAAGACACAUUCUGUUUCUGAAGUUAGUUUGUAUAUAUGACUGUAACCUUGUAAUUGUUAUCAGAGUCCCCUAACAGACCUAUUUAACAGAAACUGUAUAUUGUAAUUUAAAAUAAUUAUAUAACUGUAUGUGAAAAUAGGAAUGCAGAUGGCAUUUUGCCAUGUUCGCUGGUUUUCAAGAGCACUGGCGUCCUUUUGCAAACAUUUAAUCUGCUGGUGCAGAUUAAGAGAAGUUGUAAAGUGUGUAUUAUUUACAUUUAAUAUGCCUACAGGAAUAAGGUCUAAGAAGGUUCAUUCCUGUUUUGUUUUGUUUUGCCUAGGUUGUUAUCUAUGGCAAGGACUUUGUACAUUUGGGAAUUUUUAUAAGAAACUUAAUGUUAUUAUCUGGGGGCCUCUCCUGGCCUCUCUGCUUCUCCUUUAAUUGUAAUGUAAAAGCUAUAAAGCAGUAUUUUUCUUGACAGAUGGCAUAUGUUUUCCAUUUCUAUGCAUGCCUUGAAAUAAGUUUAUAUACAAAACUUGCUUUAUUUUUUAGUUCAACUGUUUUCCCCAGCGACUCACCUCCCCUGACCAGGCAUUUCCUUCCCCAGCCCCACCCCCACACCCCAAAUUAUGCUGUAUGAUUAAAAUAGGAAGACUAUUUUUGGAAAUAAUGCGACUCCUUUUCAGAGAUCAGGAGGGAUUUAUGUAGCAGCUAUUUUUACUGCAAAAGUAAUUCACUGGAAAAAAAAUGUAAUUUGUAAGAAAGUUUUAUUUUUACUGCAGCACCAUGAACCAUGCAGAGCUGAAGGUGUAGGGGGAGGGAGGCUUAAUUAAUAAACCUCUCGGGCAUGAGUGGAGCCUGAUUUUGUCCCAUCUUGUUUACCUGUGGAGUCUCAGGAUUUCCCGACACCAAGCUGCUCCUUUCUGUUGAGUGUCCACCGUUUUUAUUUUCUUGCACACAGAAUGCCCAGAGGCAAAGAGAGGGUCAGCAAGAUGGGAAAGAGAAGGCAUUGGGGCCGUUCAUGUGAAGAAAACGUCUUCAUCGUGAUGGAGACUUCCAUAGUCCUUUCGAAGGAACCCCUGGUUCAGCCUGUGUUCUGGCUUUUGUAAACGAGCGAGUUGGUUUCCAAGUCAGACAGUCUUCACUAGCGUCUGAGGGGGACCAGUGGUGAUGUCUCUGAAGACGAAUCCUCCGUGUGAUGAGACGGGGGAAUUGGGUGGUAGGGUGAGCAAGGGAGAGCCGGAAGGGGGACCACGGAGUCUCGUACCCACACAAGACCGUUUGCAGUACUGCUAAGCACAGGAUGUUCUUCUCAAGCAAGACCUGUUUAUCUGCCGGACAGCUGUUUAUAACAUCAACAGACAUGCAGCUGGGAACAUCUUGCUGCUGAAAGAAAUCGGCCAUCCGCUCGCCCGUUUUAUUUGGGCUUUGACUGCAUGAAUUUGCCAGUAUUUGUCUGUUUUUAUCUACAGAGUUGGCAAUUUUACAUGGCUCGAGUUAUGGAAAAUCAAAUCCAUGGUAAACCUUUGGCAUGAUAAUAAACAGGACUUAUAUAUCAAAGUUUUGUAAUCUGGCCUUUUCUUUCUCAAAUAAUAAAGUAUUUUGUUUACAUCA